CUGUGACAUACUCACCAUUGAGGAGUUUCUCCGUCAUGUUUUUUCUUAUAUUCAGCGUGCAGAAUAUCUCUGUAUAGCGGAGUCGUCAGUUGCGAACUGUUGAAGUCAAUCACCGGAACCAACAAAUAACCACACCAGGCCUGUCGGGGAUAUGGGCUGAGAAACAAAAACGUAUCCGGAGUCCAACACGUGGAUGAUAUUUCAUCAGAAUUAAUCAUGCCGCAAACUGGUCUCAACGGAAAUGAAAACAGACGCAGAAAAAUCGGCAUUCUGGAGGUUCAAGGUGCAUUUCAAGAGCACAAAGUGGCGCUGAUGAAAGCCAAAAAAUGUUUGCACACGACACCAGAACUUGAAGUGAUGGAGGUACGUCACCCAGACCAUCUAGUCUCUGACAUGGAUGGCCUAAUUAUACCGGGAGGGGAAAGCACAACCAUCAGUUUAUUCCUGAAAAGAAACAACAUGGAAGAACCGCUCCGAAACUGGAUACAAACAAAAGGUCACGUGGUAUGGGGAACAUGCGCAGGAAUGAUUCUUUUAUCAAGGUUUACUGAAAACCAAAAGGAUGGCGGACAGCCUACGCUUGGGAUGCUAGACACAGUCGUAUCGAGGAACUUUUUCGGACGACAAGUCCACAGCUUUGAAGCACAAGUGACAGUUCGAUCGCCAUCUCUGGCUGGAAACUCUAAAAUGGGCACUUCCGAUUCAAAUUGCCAUGGUGUGUUUAUCCGGGCUCCAGCUGUGCUUAAAACGACGAGUUCCGAUGUGCAAGUUCUAGCAGUGUUAGAACGACCAGAACAAAAGGACGUCAUCGUCGCUGUGCAACAAGGCGACGUUAUGGCAACAGCUUUUCACCCUGAAUUAACAGACGACCUCCGAUGGCACUCCUAUUUUCUAACGAUGAUCGAAAAAGUAAAGGAGCAACGUUAAGAGUAGCUAUAUUUAGUAUAUAGUUUAACGGAUUGUAGUAUGGUAAGACGAUGCCGUUGUCUCUAUCAUUGCUACUUAAAUGGAAGUAUUGAUAAACAGAAAAUGUUUUCGUGCAAUCAUGGUUUCUUUUGCUGUUAUAUUACUGUUUUGGAACUUACUGGUAAAUAAAGUUAUACAGGUGUCCUGCCAGAA